AUGAGCCUGCCGGCCGACCGGGUGCUGGAGUACCGGCGCCGGGCUGACCAAAUGCUGGAGGCCCGGAAGAUCAAGGUGGUGGAGUACUGUCUGUGGAGCCGCCCCGAGUUCUUCUCAUUGCUGGUGGUGCCCGACGGUGAUCGCCGGGUGGUUGGUCGGGACGGCUACGAUCCCGAGGUAAGGGACAACCUGGCGGCCGGCGUGGACGAAGUGCUGACGCUGGCGCAGGAUAUGGGCGGGAUCAUGGAGUACUGCCACGGCGUCGGCAUCAAGCUGCACCACUUGUUGGGUCGCGAGUUGGGAGUCAGCAGGGAUGCGCUGCUGGAUAUCAAGCGAGCGCUGGAUCCGGCGGGCAUCAUGAAUCCGGGGAAAUUGACGUUGUAG